GUCGGAUUGAGGGGAUUGAUCUUCAUCCUUCAUUAUUUAUUGCAUUUAUUACAAACCAGGCAUUUUUUGUCUUUUUGUUAAUAUUGUGUUCUUAUCUGUUUGCCUUUUCUUUUUCUCCAUUAUCUUCUUUUGGAUUUAGAAGAAUAUAGCAAAUAUGGACAGGCAAUCUGCAGAGCCCGGUUUGAUGACCAGCAGCGCGGACCGUAUGGUCGGCAUGGAGCACGCUGAAGUUCGCUACUUUACUAGCUACGACCACCAUGGCAUUCAUGAGGAGAUGCUUAAAGAUGAUGUUCGUACCCGAUCAUACCGCGACUCUAUCUACCAGAACCGUCACAUCUUCAAGGACAAGGUCGUUCUCGAUGUCGGAUGCGGAACUGGUAUUCUCAGCAUGUUCGCUGCCAAGGCCGGUGCUAAGCAUGUAAUUGGUGUGGAUAUGUCUUCGAUUAUCGAAAAGGCCCGUGAGAUCGUUGAAGCCAACGGCUUGACGAGCAAGAUUACCCUUCUCCAGGGCAAGAUGGAGGAGGUCGAGAUGCCCUUCCCCAAGGUCGAUAUCAUCAUUUCGGAAUGGAUGGGCUACUUCCUUCUCUACGAAAGCAUGUUGGACACUGUCCUCUACGCCCGUGACACAUACCUCAACCCCGGUGGCAAGAUCUUCCCCGACAGAGCCACUAUGUACUUGGCGGGUAUUGAGGACGGCGAAUACAAGGAUGACAAGAUCGGAUUCUGGGACAACGUCUAUGGAUUUGACUACAGCCCUAUGAAGGAAAUCGCCCUCACGGAGCCCCUCGUCGACACCGUUGAGAUGAAGGCCGUGGUCACCGACCCUUGCCCCAUCAUUACCCUCGAUCUUUACACAGUCAAGAAGGAGGACUUGGCAUUCAAGGUUCCCUUCUCGCUCCCUGCCAAGCGCAGCGACUUCAUCCAUGCCGUGAUUGCUUGGUUCGACAUUGACUUUACCGCAUGCCACAAGCCCAUCAGCUUCUCCACCGGUCCUCAUGCCAAGUACACCCACUGGAAGCAGACCGUCUUCUACCUGCGUGACGUUCUCACCGUCGAGGAGGAAGAAGUUGUGUCUGGUGUCAUCGAGAACAAGCCGAAUGACAAGAACAAGCGUGACUUGGACAUCGACAUCUCGUACAAGUUCGAGACCCAAGACCCAGUGCGCUUCGCUGAGGGCAGCUGCUUCUACAGGAUGUGCUAAUUUGCUCGUCCCCUAUAACUUUCGGCCCUUCUACUGUUCUUUUCUCUUAGAGGCAUAGAUGUUCUGUCAACAAGUUCUGGUUUCAAUGUGGGCAGCAUAGCGUAGGCAGAGUGCAGAGUUUUGUUCGUGUGGGAUUUCUGGCGGGUUGAAUGGCCUCAUAUGAUUCUGGUCAUUUUCUCUAUCUCUCUUUUGGCGUUUAUUGGAAGGCAGGGGAACGGCAUUAUUAUUCGGCGUGAUACGGAGAGAUGAUGUCCACUGACACGGUUAUGAAGCUCCUCGAAUUCCCAAGUAGAUACCCCGAGUCGAUGCUCAGUCCUAGCAAACUCCGACGUUCUCCUUAGUUUAAUUGAGCUCUGACCCUUUUCUUUCUAUUGCCUAAUGAAAAUUCGCAUUAGUAUUCUUGUCCGCGGUUUCUUUCCAAUGAUUAAUAUUCAGGACCCGUCUUGGUGGAUGGCGUGU